UGUGUCGAGUUUGUUCUCAGGGAUAUCCAACUAAAUGAGCUAAAUAAAUCCGCAAUUCGUGAAGCACAUUAUAUAUAUGCAUAAGUUAAUCGCUCGUGUUGUACUAUGUACAGAGUGAAGUUACAGCUGGAUCUGUAGUCUGCGGAGGUGCAGAGAGGAUCGGUGUCAAUGUGCUAUAUGGUAUAGAUAUUUCCACGUUCACUCGGCGAAGGCACACACAGUUACUCGAUAAUCGAUUUUCGAUUGUCACAUCAUCGUCCAGAUUCUCGCAUUCCCAAUCUGCAAGGUGCAUAGGACCAGUUUGUAAAUCAGACAUUGUGACUUCCGGGUCAGUGAUCAGGUGAUCGCUAUUAAUAUUCAUUUGUCGACAUAUAAAAAGCAACAGAUUGUUUUUGGCGGGUACUUGAAGGUCACAAUGAGGGGCCAGUGUGACGUCUCCGUGUGCUAAGUGCGUGCUAGCGUCAGGUAGUAUUGUGUAAAUGAGGGUGUGUUGGAGCGCCAGUGCUGUGCGUGUGUGUGUUGUCCGUGAGUGUCCGAACAUAGUGUGAUGCCGGCGCGCCGCUCACUCUGAUGGAGUGGCACACCACGUCCGUGAUGCCAUCCUUGCUGCAGCUGCUGCUGCUGUUACUCAGUACCUCCUUUCAGCUGGGACUGCCAAUGUCAUCUGAGGAGAGGCACAGACUCAGGAAUCAGGUGGUGGAGAUGUUUGACCACGCUUACCAGAACUACAUGGACCACGCCUACCCCGCGGAUGAGCUGAUGCCGCUGACGUGUCGAGGCCGGGUGCGAGGGCUGGAGCCGAGCCGGGGGGACGUGGACGACGCCCUGGGGAAGUUCUCACUGACCCUCAUCGACUCCCUGGACACUCUAGCGCUCCUGAACAAGACGGCGGAGUUCGAGGACGCGGUGAGGAGAGUUCUCACAGACGUGCGUCUGGACAACGACAUUGUGGUGUCUGUCUUCGAGACGAACAUCCGUGUACUUGGGGGGCUGCUGGGGGGCCACUCCAUGGCCGUGCUGCUGAGAGAGAGGGGCCAGCACAUGAGGUGGUACCAGGACGAGCUGCUGCACAUGGCCAAGGACCUGGGGCUGCGCCUGCUGCCCGCCUUCAACACCAGCAGCGGCCUGCCCUACCCCCGGGUGAACCUUCGCUACGGGGUGCAGGGUCCUGAAACUCGAACCGGCACUGAAACUGACACCUGCACCGCCUGCGCUGGCACCAUCAUACUGGAGUUUGCAGCCCUGAGCCGCUUCACCGGGGACCCUGUGUUUGAGGAACACGCGCGGCGAGCCCUGGACUUCCUGUGGGAGAAAAGACAGAGGAACAGCAACCUGGUGGGAACAACCAUUAACAUCCACUCAGGAGAGUGGGUCCGCAGAGACAGUGGAGUUGGGGCAGGCAUCGACUCCUAUUAUGAGUACCUGCUGAAGGCCUACAUUCUCCUGGGAGAUGACCUGUUCUUACAGCGCUUCAACAUCCACUACGCAUCGAUAAUGAAGUACAUCAGUCAGCCUCCGCUCUUGCUGGAUGUUCACAUUCACAAGCCCCUCCUACCUGCACGCACCUGGAUGGACUCGCUGCUGGCCUUCUUUCCUGGACUGCAGGUGUUGAAAGGAGACAUACGUCCUGCUAUAGAGACUCAUGAGAUGCUGUAUCAAGUCACCAAGAAGCAUAAUUUCCUGCCUGAGGCGUUUACAACAGACUUCCGCGUUCACUGGGCCCAGCACCCCCUGCGUCCUGAGUUCGCGGAGAGCACCUACUUCCUGUACAAGGCCACACGGGACCCAUAUUACCAGGAGGCUGGCCGCACUGUGCUGGAGAACCUGAACCGCUACGCUCGCGUCCCCUGUGGCUUCGCUGCCAUGAAGGACGUGCGCACUGGCAGCCAUGAAGACCGCAUGGACUCCUUCUUCCUGGCGGAGAUGUUUAAGUACCUGUACCUGCUGUUUGCUGAUGAGGAGCACCUACCCUUUGAUGUUGAAGAUUACAUCUUCACCACCGAGGCCCACCUUUUACCCCUGUCCCUGUCCACGGCCCCACGCUCACAGUCGCCCCCCGCUGGCAACAGCACCGUGCUGCCUCCCUUAGGGGAAGAGCUCGAUGACUCCAACUUCGACUGGACCUGCCCCAACACCCGCCUGCUGUUCCCUGACCCCGCCUUCCCCCGCAGCCUGCGAGAGCCAAUCAGGAGCGCCGUGGACAAGAGCUGCCACAUGGCUGCAUCUCGCAGCGAGCCGGGAUUAGGCCGCGCCCCUCUGCGUGCGCGUGACUUCAUGGCCAGUAACCCUGAACACCUGGAGCUGCUGCGGCGCAUGGGAGUCAGUCUCAUACACCUGAAGGACGGGAGGGUGCAGCUGGUGCAGCACGCUACUCAGGCGGUCAGUCCCGUGGCAGCGGAGGACGGCAUGCGCUUCAUGCAGGAGAUGAUGGAGCUGUCCAGCCAGCAGCAGAAGGAGCAGCUGCCGCCCCGCGCCGUGCAGAUCGUCUCACACCCCUUUCUUGGCAGAGUGGUACUGACCGCUGGCCCUGCACAGUUUGGAACAGACUUGUCCAAGAGCAGCACAGGAGUUCAGGGGUUUGUGGUUGUGGCGGAGCCGUACAGUGGCUGUGCGGAGCUCAGCAACGCCGCCCUGGUGGCGGGUCACAUCGCGCUGCUGCAGCGGGGCCAGUGCAUGUUCGCCGAGAAGGCGCGACACAUCCAGAGAGCCGGAGCCAUCGGGGGCAUCGUCAUCGAUGACAACGAGGGCAGCAGCAGUGACACGGCGCCGCUGUUCCAGAUGGCGGGAGAUGGGCGGAGCACCGAUGAUGUCACCUUGCCCCUCCUCUUCCUGUUCCACAAGGAAGGCAACAUCCUGCUGGAGGCACUGAGGGAGUACAAGGAGGUGGAGGUGUUGCUAAGCGACAAGGCCAGAGACAGAGGUGGAGAUCCUGAUGGACAGGAGGGGGACUGCACAGCUGAGGAGCAUGACCAUGCUGCACCCUCCCCCUCCAUACCUGUUGACCAAUCACAAGCCAUCACUCGGGAGCACGAUGAAUCUACGAACAAAGAGCCACCAGGUCCAGAAGAAAAGUCUGGUGAUCGUGACGAGAGGGAGGAAGCAGCAGAAGAUGGAGACUCAAGCAGCCCAUCAAUUGACUCGCUGCUCGCUGACUGGAAGGAGGACUUGGAAGCUUUUCAGCAGAUGGAGAAGGAUGAGCUUUGACGUGACCUCUCCCCCACCUCGCAACUGUGGUGGUGUGGUCCAGCCAUGCCACAGCCUGCAGGGCCAGUUCACUGUGCCUCCCAUAGGGGGCGUUGAGCAGGGGGAGACGACUUGGGUGAAGAAGCAAACUGACUUGAACCCGCUGCUGCGGCUGCCCUGUUCCCCUGUUCCCCCUGCCCCCUGUGACCCCAGGUGCCAGAGCCAAGUUUUGAAUGGGUCCCUUUCUCCCUCACAAUGCUGACUGAUGCAUGGCCAAUCUUGCCCCUGCUGUACACAGUCCGCAGAAACACUGACUGCAUCACUGACUUCUCCUGGAAACACGAAGCACGCAUUUCUCCUACUGUUGCUUUCUCUUUCUGUCUUGCCAUGAUUUAUGUCUAUAUUUUUCUUCCUUAUGCAUUUCAGGAGGAUCAGAAAGACGAGUUUAUAUUGUGAAUGUUGCUGAAUGGAAUCAGUUGUUGAUUGACUGGCUGAUUGACUGAUUGAUGAGUUGACGAGGUUGCUUAUUAUGUUCCUGUGAGAGGAGCGCUAUAUUCGAUGAUGUCACAAACUGUCUGGGGAAUCUCUCUCUCACCCAGAGGUACUUAUAAAAUCAAAAUGUCCCCGAGCUUUCAUUCAACAGAGUGAUGACACACAGAGCAGGAUAACGCUCAUUUGGGCAGACAGCACUCGCACCCACUCGUUUGCCUCCAGACAAAACAGCCCCAGUUUCCAGACAGGAAGCAUCGGAGUGCUUGGUCUGUCUGGCUGACCCUGGGUCAGUGAGCACGCUAUGCAGCGAUGUCUUGGAAUGGACUAACUGCAGCGACCAAUCACAGUGCAGAAAAAUACACGCACAACAUUCUGCAGGAGUGGAUUGAAUUAAACAGGAACACGUCUGUAGAUGAGCAUUCUGUUUUCAAAGGAAGUGCAAAGGAAACGCUAAUAAGCUCUGCCUGUGAUUGGUCAGAUGAGCUCUGUAUGUGGUUGGUCAGUACUGGUCAGCUCUGACCAUUAUUGGUCAUAAUAAUGGAGUGAGCACAUCUGAGUCACAUCUAGACAGUAUCAUCUGUAAGUCUGUAUGUACAUCUAGACAGUAUCAUCUGUAAGUCUGUAUGUCACCAGCUGAAAAGUCAGCUGGUGUCCAUCAUGUCACUUUUGAAGUCAUGCUUUUUUUAAUUAAGUUUUUGAUUGACCUCAUUGAUCGGUUCUCAUUUUAUUUGGUGACAUUAAUUCAAACUUUUGAAACAACUGGAGUCUCCAUAAUACUUGUCAGGAGUCAGUCAACAGAUAAUAAAUAUUGGUGUUUUUCCUCUGGGAAAUUCAGUAUUUUAGGGGAAGAAUGCUUUCGUAUUUUUACAUUUUCAUAACCACAAUGAUGAUCAUCAUGUUACACCACAAUUUUCGUUUCUUACUGCCAAAUUUGCAUGUUUCAGUUUCCAGUUCAUUUAAUGCUGCUAUUAAAUGUCAGUGGUGUGCAGCUGAAUGGUCAGUAUCCAAGCCCUGGCAUUUGUGUGUCCAACCUGUUGAUAUAGGAAAAAAACAUUUCUCUGCAUGGACUGAAGUGAUGAAAAGCAGGUUUAUCCUAUGUCUUUUUUUACUGCCUUCAUUAUAUGGUGGAGCAGUUACUCAUCUUGCCAAUAAAGAGCCAAACACACAGAGGCCCCUUUUCACUUCCUCUUAGGUAAAACAGCUGUCGGUGUCUGGUAUUCUAGCGGUCAAACCCUACAGAGCCACGUGGCGGAACGGCUGAUUCAGUAACUAUUCUGUGUGGUGGCUCUGAUGAAGGUAAACCAAAUCCAGGACUGCUUUGCAAUGUGCCAUUUAUCAAGGACAGUUGGCACUAUUGUAGUGGUGCUUACUGUUCACUGCCAUUAGUCAAGAAGCUACCCAGGCCAGGGCUCACAAAAUGAGAUACUUUGUACAUAUCAGCUGAAUAUAAAUGCAUUAUUAAUAUCCUGGAAUAGUCAGAAAACAGCCGUUGUGUCACUUGUUUAACCCAUUGUAAAAUCAUGGGUGCGUCCCUUUCUUAAAAUGUUCGUUGAAUUCUCUGAAGAAAUGCUGCAGUUUCAGUAAUGGUUGCCUGGCUAACUGUGCUUAUCCUCUGUUAGCUCAGCCUGACCUGAGAAAUUUGAAAUGGUGAAUCUGAAUGUGGUAGAGAACCAAACCCAGUGUGGACUGAAGAGAAGACCUGAGCAGCUCACCACAUAGGGGAACCGUGUGGAC